ACAAUUAUCAUCACACAUACAUAAAUGGAGUUUGAACGAAGUUCUAUUUGUGCUUGCUGUUGGGAGAGGCUUGGUUCUAGGUCUAAAGCUUUAUAUUCUGUUAAUGAAGCAAUAGAAGAGCAAAUUAAAACCUUCAUUUUCCCUGGAUAUUCUUCUACUAUCAAGCAUUAUCCAGACGUAGUUUGCUCUGGAUGUAGGAGAAACCUGUACAGGUUGAAAGCAGGAGGUUUUCCCUCUGGAGCCUGGGGAGAGAAGAUUUCUAAGGUUGAAUGGAAGACAAUAACAAGAGGAUCUACUAUGGUUCCAGAUACUCCAUCACCAUCCAAACCAGGAGAUCAAACUGAAAAUGGUCGUUUGUGCAAAGCAUGCUACACUUUGUUGGAGCCAGGAAAAAAUCACAAUUGUGUAUCAUCUACUGCUGUGAGCAAUUUAGUUUUGAUGGCUUUUGCUCUUGGAUCUCUACAAGCUGAGCAAAUAUCAUCUAAAAUUAUUAAGAAAAAAAUGGAAGAAGAAAACCUUUUAGAUGGAUCUACCUUUUUGUUAUCUACAGGUGGAACUCCACUUCAAAUCAGAGUGGGAACUCCAGAUAAGAAAUCAGACAGAAGAACUGUUAAGCAAAUAUCAUUACAAGUUAUACAAGAACUUCAAGUUUUAUUGGAGUUGUCUGUGAAUAAGACAAAGGUUCUUGUUUCAUCCCUGAGAAGAGGACUCGGCAGUACUUCAUCCAUUGAGAAGAAUAUUUUUGGAAAACUAAAUGAUCUACAAGAAUCAAUUUCACAUUUCUAUCAUGUAGAAAAGGUUGAGUUUCUUACCAGUAAUGAUGCUGUUCUAACAAAGGAUUUAGUUUAUGUGCAAGAUACAUCAUCCUUCAUUCUAGAACUCAUUAAGCAACGUGGUUUAGAACCUUUAUCUGCCUUUGUGCGCCUAUCAUUGGAUGGUGGCGGUGGAUUUAUGAAAGUAAUAGUUAAUGUAUUUUCCCCUGAUGAAGAUUUGGAUGAUGGACUGUAUAUCAAUAGUGGUGUUCAGAGAAGUCAAAUUCUAUCUAUUGUAGAAGAUGUUCCUGAAUCAAACCAAAAUCUAAGACUAAUAUUAGAAAAGUUGAACUUGCAGGAUCUCAAGUAUUAUGUUGCUUUUGAUUUAAAAUGUGGAAACGCACUUUUUGGAUUGUCAGCACAUUCUGGCAAAAGAGCAUGUCUCUGGUGUGAGGGAUUGUCCACAGAGGAAAGUGGAACCCUGAGAACCUUAGGAAGUUUUGAUCUUUGGCAUCAGAAGUAUCUUGAGAACAAUUCAAAGAAAGCAUCUAUGCAAUACUACAUGAACUGUAUAAAUCCACGAAUUUUAUAUCUUAAUGAUGACUCAAACACAUUGAUGGAACAUUUAGUUCCUCCACCAGAACUUCAUAUUUUAAUCGGAGUAGUUUCUCUUCUUGGAACAUUAAUCUUGGACAUUUGAAGUGGGUUUGAUGAUUGGUUAAAGUCUAAGUGUAUAUUACAAAGAGGAUACCAGGGGAGAGGAUGGGACGGCAAUAACUCCAACAGGAUAUUGAAAAAUUUGGACUCCUUAGAAAUGGAAUUACUAAAGACUGAACCUCAUCUUGUCCCCUUCGUUCAAUGUUUGAAAGACUUUCGAGAUGUUAAAGAUGCUUGUUUUUCAAAAAAACUUGAAUUUGGAUACAAAUUCUGUUUUGCUAGAUUUAAAAACUCCUUUAAGUCCUGUCAAGAACUAGCUACUUUGCUUGGAUUUAAUUUAAAUAUAACUUGGAAAGUGCAUAUACUACUCUGCCAUGUUGAACCAUUUGUCGAAUUCCAUUCGUGUGGUUUGUCAAAUUUUGCAGAACAAACUGGAGAAGCAAUACAUGCAAAAUUCAAACCUACAUGGGCAAGGUUUAAGAGACUUGAGGAACAUACUGAACAUGCAGACAGACUUCUUAAAGCAGUCAUGGACUUUGGUGGUCGAAGAAUAAGCUGAUUUAUAUACUUAUAUAAAGUGUUUUUCAUGUAUACAGUAAUAAAAACUGUAAUAAAGGCUAGCUAUUUUACAAAUGUCAAAAUUUUGAUUUAACACCUAGUGCAGAUUUUAAAAACAUUUUUUUUGAACAUCCUAUAUAUA